GGCGAGGCGGAAGUGACAUGGUCACAUGUGGCGCGUGUGCUAACAAGGAUUCCUCACCAGUCUUGAUCUUGAGCCUAAGUUCUCCUGCUGGGGACGCCCUUCAGAUUACCGCGGCAAACUUGGCCUCAGGUACCAUUCAGUCAGUAGUUGGCGCGGGCUGUGGUGGCGGUGGUGGCGGCGGCCGUACCCGCCUGAUAGCCGUUAUCACCGCUGGUGCUGUUCCCGUCGGUGCUCGCAAGCCACGUCUGUCAGUAGCGAGGAAGCGUGAGUCCCUACAACACACCGCCGCCUGUGAGUCCUCACCACGAUCACUGCCAUCCACGCCGCCCUUCCACAGCAGACUUAGAAAACCACUAGUGUUUGUCUCUGUGGCUGUGAAUGCUUUGCGUGAGCGGCGGAGUGGUCGGACUGUGAGCAACGUCGUGAGUGACGCCAGAAGCAGAGCCUGAAGGGCGGCGAGUACUCUGUGGCGACAGUGCGAGGCAUGGGGCGCGGGUGAGUGCGACGCACACCACAAGGCAGCGGCACCCCAGCGAUGACCUGUAUCUGUGAGUCAACGUGGCGCGCGCUGUGUGUCCUGAAGGAGACCCUGACGCGCCCCUGCUCCUCCGCGGGAGACGACCAACCUCUGGCAAACUCUUGCAACAACUCUAAUGUCUCCACCACGUCCUCCAACUACAACCUUCAGGACCAUGUCAUCGAGAGGGACUUGGGCCUCACCAACCAAGGCUUCCAGGGAGACGCCUUCUCUGACGGACGCCUCGUUCUUAACUUCCUCGACCCAGUUACCGAGGAGCCCCACGGGGACAGCGGCCACUGGGCCAACCACAGUGAGUUUACCGAGGUGGACCUUGGCGAUGGAUCAGGCCCUGACUGUGUGGACAGUGGCUCCCGGCCCGCUGAGGGCGGCCGCACAGACUCUGGCAGUACAACACUGGAGUCAGGCUACGGCCGCUCCCUGGACGACAGUAACAGCUCGUCGACGCCGGAGCCAUCGGUAGCCGUGGCUUACCAUGGCAGCACUCCCAACCCCGGCGUGUUCAAGGUGGUGGUGGAGGACGUGAAGAGAUGCUGGUUCGUGCUACGCCGCUACAACGAGUUCCUCUCCCUUCACCGCACCAUCAUGACCAAGGUGAGCCAAGCCAGCGUGGACCUACCCUCGCAGGACACCGCCACCUGUCAGAACCUGAACCUCUUCAUCCAGAACGUAAUGACAGACUCCAGAACCGUCAAUAUACCUGAGGUGCGAGAGUUCCUUCAGCUUGACCGCUUCAGGGACUCCACCAGCAGCAGUGGGUCGAGCGGCGCCAACUCCACGCCCUCAGUGGUCUAUAACCCUCAGUUCCUCAUGCCGCCCGGAGCUCCCAUCCCCCCCAGGAAGCCACUGCCCGGGAAGGCGCUGGGUCGCUCAGAGGAGUCCGACCAUCGCUCCUCCUCCCUCGAAACACAGCAAAGCAUCGACCUGGGCUGUGAGAAGAAGACACUCUCGCCCUCUGACUUUGAAUUUCUGACGGUAGUGGGCAAGGGAAGCUUCGGGAAGGUGAUGCUUGCUCGCUAUAAUGAGGACAACAAAGUGUACGCCGUCAAGGUGCUGAACAAGAAGCUGAUCGUGAGGAGGAACGAGACGGCCCAUGUGCUGAGCGAGCGUUCGGUGCUGAUCAAGAUGCUGAACCACCCCUACCUGGUGCAGCUCCACUUCGCCUUCACCACAGCUCACAAGAUAUUCUUCGUGCUGGACUACGUGAACGGCGGCGAGCUAUUCUUCCACCUGCAGCGGGACAGAGUGUUCUCGGAGGCACGGGCGAGGUUCUAUGCGGCUGAGAUUUGCUGUGCCCUCUCCUACAUGCACAGUAAAGGCAUCGUGUACCGUGACCUGAAGCCUGAGAACAUCCUCCUGGACGCUGAGGGCCACGUGGUGCUGACGGACUUCGGGCUGUGCAAGGAGGGACUUGUCAACCCCUCGGCUAGGACCAACACCUUCUGCGGCACUCCGGAAUACCUAGCGCCGGAGAUCCUGAAGAAACAGCCGUAUUCCCGUGCUGUGGACUGGUGGACGCUCGGGGCUGUGCUGUACGAGAUGCUAUACGGCCUCCCGCCCUUCUACUCCCGUGACACCCCGGUCAUGUACGACGCCAUCCUCAACAAGCCGCUGAAGCUGAAACCCUCGGCCACGCAGAAGGCACGCACGCUACUGCAGGGGCUGCUGCAGAAGGAGCCAAACGAUCGCCUGGGGUCUGGGGCGCGGGACGGUGAGGAGGUGAAGGAGCAGGAAUUCUUCAGGACUGUUGACUGGGACCAAGUGGCGAGGCGGGCGGUGCCUCCUCCAUUUGUCCCCGUGGUGAGCGGGCCGGCGGACACGCGCAAUGUGGACCCAACCUUCACCAAGGAGGCCGUGAUGGGACAGUCGCCCCCCACCGCCUCCCCCAACGUGCUCUCCGCUUCCGUUCAGGCCGUCGACCACGUCUUCCAGGGCUUCAGCUACGCACCGCCACUCGAAAUCGAAGCCCAGUGAGGUUUUGAAGUCGUGGUGCAUGCAAGGUAGUGUCUGGUAGCUGUGGACGCCUGGAACCAACGCUACACUCAAGGUGCCUGGAACAUACUCCCUGGGCGUGAAGUGCCCAGAACGUCCGUGAUCGCGCCGCGCACUGAAAGGGCCUUAAUGUGAUUCCCCGCGGCGCCUGGAGAGUCAGGUUCGGUGGUUGUCGUAACUAGUCAGUGUAGCGUAGCGCGUCUGGAGGGAGACUGCAGUGACGUUGUCCUUCUGCUGGUGUUGAUCGCAAAUACUUGAAACAUUUACAUGCAGGGGGAGAAAAAUACCGCACAUACUGUAUUCUUCUGUAGGAGGGAGGAAGAAGAAGAAGCAAGAAGAAGUGGUGAGGGUGAGUGAAGAAGAAGAGGAGGAGGGUCAAUCUCCAUGCUGGUGAAAGAAAGGAGGAUGAACUUGUAACAAUAUUAUUUAUUCGUUAGCUUUCUUCCUUUCCGUCUCUCUCUCUCUACGUGCGUGACUCGAGCAAUGCAACGACUUUCGUCCCUCCUCGUGUCCUUGGAGAGGUUUGGAGCGCCCCACCAACGCAGCGAAGGAGGGAAGGCAAGGCUGGUGAGCCGAGCGUUGCAACCUGCUGAGUGGAGGUGGGCGCGAAAGCGUGGUGGGCCGAGUGUCUGUGAUACGUGGCGGCCCCGACGGAGGUGUCUUGCAGGUGGCGUCCAUGCCGAGACUUGCGGGGCGGGGCAAGGGGGGAGCGUGAGUUUUAUGUUCUUGUAAAUAAAUACUGCCGCAGCCGGUGAUUAAUAAAGUAUUUUUGAAGUUAAAA